AUGAAGCUUCAGCUUGCUGUGCUACUGUGCUGUCUGGUAUUUGCAGUUUCCACCACAAAAAUUAAGUGGUGCGUCUCAGACCAGGAACACAGGAAAUGUAACGACCUGGCAGCAAGACAUCCUGCUUUCGGGUGUGUGACAAGAAACAGCUAUUUGGAAUGCAUUAUUGCCAUCAAGGAUGGACAGGCAGAUGCCAUUACUCUCCCUGCCGUGGACAUCUACACAGCUGGACUGAGAAAUUACGACUUAGCUCCCAUCAUUGCUGAGAAGUACAAGAGUGACAAUGAUGAAGCAUGCACCUUUAGUGCAGCUGUGGUGAAGAAGAACACUUUAUUUGGGCUGAAUGACCUUAGGGGAAAGAAAUCCUGCCACACUGGAAUGGGAGACUCUCGUGGCUGGAACCUUCCUAUUGGCACUCUGUUAAGUAAGGGUUUAAUUGAAUGGGGUGGCGCAGAUGACAAACCUCUUAUCCAAGUUGUCAGUGAAUUCUUCAGUUCUGUGUGUGGUGUUCAAGACAGCCUGUGCAAACAUUGCAAUGGCUGCCCUACUGGUUAUUUUGGUGAUGCUGGAGCCUUUAGGUGUUUGGAAGAUGGAGAUGUUGCAUUUAUGAAUCCCACUCAAGUUCCAUCAUCUCAGAAAAACAACUAUGAGCUGCUCUGCCAAGACAACUCCAGGGAACCUCUCCACAACUUCAAAACCUGCAAUCUUGGAAGAGAACCAGCACGCGCUGUUGUUAGCCGCAAAGACAACCAACUGGCUAAAUAUAUCUUUGAAAACCUCACAGCAGUGACCGAUUUUGACUUGUUUUCCUCUGAAGCUUAUGGAGGCAAAAACUUGAUGUUCAGUGACACAACAGCCAGGCUUGAGCAGAUUCCUCAAGACACAGAUUCCGUCCUCUAUCUUGGUGUUGAUUACACUAAUAAAAUCCACUCUCUUCUUAAAGACACAUCCCGCCCCACAACUCCCACUUCUAUUAGAUGGUGCGCUGUUGGACAUCUUGAGCUUCACAAAUGUGCAACAGUUGAAGAAUGUUUCAAGAAAAUUAUGCGUAACGAAGCAGAUGCAAUGGCUGUGGAUGGAGGGCAGGUGUACACUGCUGGAAAGUGUGGUUUGGUUCCAGCCAUGGCAGAGCAGUAUGAAGAAGCUAAAUGUGGCAGUGAAGGAGUGUCAUUGUCCUCUUAUUAUUCGGUGGCUGUGAUUAAGAAGGACUCUGGAGUAACCUGGGCUAACCUUAAAGGAAAGAAAUCGUGUCACACUGGCAUGGGCCGAACAGCUGGUUGGAACAUCCCAAUGGGUCUUAUCCACAAACAAACAAAUGACUGUGACUUUGGUAAGUUCUUCAGUAGUGGCUGUGCCCCUGGGGCAGACCCGAGCUCUGUAUUCUGCCAACAGUGUAUUGGCAGUGGAAAAAAUGUUGGAGAUGAAGCAAAAUGCAAAGCAAAUGCAGGCGAGCAGUACUAUGGUUAUGCCGGGGCCUUCCGUUGUCUUGCAGAAGAUGCUGGUAAUGUGGCUUUCAUCAAACACACAAUUGUUGGGGAAAACACCGAUGGCCGUGGUCCACAAUGGGCAAACAAUUUGAAGAGCGAAGACUACCAGCUGAUUUGUCCUGGGAAGGAUAGUCCAGUACCAAUUAGUGAUUACGAAUCAUGCAACUUGGCUCUAGUUCCUGCACAUGCUAUUGUGACUAGGCCCGAAAAACGAAGUGAAGUAGUCCGCGUUCUCUUGGAACAACAGGACAAGUUUGGGCGAAACGGAUCUGACAGUGCAACUUUUGGGAUGUUCAAGCCAGAUAUCGGAAAUACAAACCUGCUCUUCAAAGACUCCACACAAUGUCUACAGGAGGUACACAGUGAUAAUUACGAAUACUUUUUGGGACCAAAUUACAUGACAGCCAUGGACUCACUCAGGAAAUGCAAUGCUAUUACCUCAGGUCUGGAGAAAUCUUGGGAUUAUUACUGCAAACCGAAGAAACCCAAGUCGCGGUGCCUGAAAUUCUGUCAAACGACACGAGAGUUACUUAUUCCCGGCUGGCAAUAA